AUGGAGUUCCCGUUAAUUUCUCGGGCUCCGUACCGUCCGACGACGUCGUAUUCUUCUUCUUAUAAAGUUUGUCUCUGUGACUUUCCGGUGAGUUUAAAGAAGAGAGUGAAAAAAUCUGUCGCCGAAAAAGUAAGGUCGUCGGUGAUGAGUGUUAGAGCUUCGGCGGAGCGGAGUAGUGAAAGUAUUGACGGAGAGAGAGAAAGUGGGGGAGGGUAUACGAGUUCGGCGAUGAAGGUGACCACAUUUAAUCAAAGCUUCGGUGAAGCUGAAUUCCCAAUUUGGGACAAAAUCGGAGCCAUUGUUAGACUCAGCUAUGGAAUCGGAAUAUAUGGCGCGAUGGCUUUAGCUGGAAGGUUCAUAUGCUCCAUGACAGGAGUCGAUUGCACCGGAGGCUUCUAUCCAUCAUUAGAUGCAAUUGUUGUAGGACUGGGAUAUGCAGCUCCUCCAAUUAUGGCCCUUCUCUUUAUACUGGAUGAUGAAGUUGUGAAGAUUUCGCCUCAUGCUCGUGCCAUCAGGGAUGUAGAGGAUGAGGAACUGUGGAGUUUCUUUUAUGGAAUGUCACCGUGGCAGUUUAUACUAAUUGUUGCUGCGAGCUCAGUUGGAGAGGAGCUUUUCUACCGCGUUGCUGUUCAGGGAGCAUUGGCUGACAUAUUUCUAAGGAGCGCCGAUUUGGUGACAGAUGCUCGUGGAAUGGCAUCGUUGACUGGUAUGCUACCUCCAUUUGUCCCAUUUGCUCAAGCUUUUGCAGCUGUGAUCACUGCUGCUCUUACUGGUUCCCUUUAUUAUGUGGCCGCCUCUCCGAAAGAUCCUACUUAUGUCGUUGCACCAGUGUUGCAUUCUCGCUCUGGUCGUGAAGAUCUCAAAAAGCUCUUUGCAGCCUGGUAUGAGAGAAGGCAAAUGAAAAAGAUAUACUCUCCACUCCUGGAAGCACUUUUAGCCCUUUACCUUGGAUUUGAGUGGAUGCAGGCAAAUAACAUUCUUGCGCCGAUUAUCACACAUGGGAUAUACUCUGCUGUUGUUUUGGGACAUGGCCUGUGGAAGAUUCAUGAUCACCGGAGAAGACUACGACAGAGAAUACAGCAGCUGAAACUAGAGGGAAAAAAACUCAUCCAAAUAUCGAAGCUAGGUAGCAAGAUACCAUACCAUAGAUGUAUACUUGAGAAGCAUGUACGAUGUUUGCGAACAUGGUAUAUGUUGAAUGAGAAGAACAAGAUGUCUACUACUAUCUGCAUCAAAGCGACAGCUGAGAAUUUACUGGAUAAGGAACUCUCUAAGUGGGGUGUGAGUUUGGGUUGUAAGAUGGAUGAAUUUCCACAAAGUUGUACGGAAUAUGAAGGGUUACGGAGGAGUUUCUCAACCGUUUUCACAUUCCGACCCUACAGUCACAGCCCAUUCUCAAGAGUAUCUGCAGUUCACGCUUUAACUACUCUCUUUUCAUUAGAAGAUGUUGUCCUUCUUCCGCGGAAAAUGGUGCAGGGGUUGAAUCAGCUUAGUACAAGGUUCUUCUCCAUCUCAAUUUGA